UCCCCUGUGUAAACUACCCGCCGGUUCCCACCGAUCUGCGCCGGGUCAAUAAGACAUGUCCCUCGGAGGCUGAAGCAUGGAGGCGGUUAUGAGCAGGCUGGGGGGGCUCAGUGGCGAUGAACUGCGUGAGGAGUUUGCCCGAGCUGGCGUGAAGUGCGGCCCCAUCACAGCCACCACCAGAGCCACCUUCGAGAGGAAGUUAGCCCGAGUCCUGGCCGGGCCAGAGAGCAGUGUCACUGAAUUAGACAAUGGUUCCUCAGCUGGCAUUUCGGAUGGUGCAGCCUCUGUUGCAGAUCAUGUCAACCCUGUGGCCCGUGUCACUGCUGCAGUUGCAUCUACCACUGCUGCAACAAGUAGCAGCUCCUCUAAUGCUGCCAGCGAAGAGAUGGACUUUGGUUAUGGUGUGGGUCUCAACCCUCCAGAGGAAGAGGAGAUCUCAGUAACGGCCAACAGCUCUGCUGAAGGCAGUAACUCUCAAUCCAAAACAGAAACCCCUUCAAAGCUCGCACAAGUGUCCCCAACCUUUUACUAUGGAGUAUGUCCACCCUGGGAGGAUGUUCUGUCGAGAAAUGAGGGACCGCAUGUAUACACAGAUAAGAAAGACACUCUUCAAGCUGUAAAGUUGAUAAAAGGAGCACGAUUCAAAGCCUUUCCCUUCCGAGAGGAUGCUGAGAAGUUCGCAAAGGGAAUCUGCGACUAUUUCCCUUCUCCCAGCAAAUCUGCACCCUGUGUGUCUCCUGUCAAACCAGGCCUGGUCCUUAGUAGAGAAAACAGUGAGGUCGAUACCAUCAACCGGGAGCGGGCCAACAGUUUUAAGAGCCCACGCACCCAGGACCUAAAUGCCAAACUGAGGAAAGCUGUGGAGAAAGGCGACGAGGAUGCAUUUGGCGACCUGGUCUGGAGCAACCCGCGCUAUCUAAUUGGCUCAGGGGAUAAUCCCACUAUUGUGCAGGAGGGCUGUCGGUACAACGUCAUGCACGUGGCGGCCAAGGAGAACCAGGGGGGAAUCGCCCAGCUGCUGCUGGACACCUUGGAGAACCCAGAGUUCAUGCGCCUCAUGUACCCAGACGACCAGGAAGUCAUGCUGCAGAAACGUGUCCGCUACAUCGUAGAUCUUUACCUCAACACUCCAGAUAAGGCUGGGUUUGAAACACCACUUCACUUUGCCUGUAAGUUUGGGUGCCCAGAUGUGGUCAACGUUCUGUGUUCGCAUCCUGACAUCGAAAAGAACAGGAAGAACAAGGACGACCAGAGGCCUUGUGAUCUUAUUUGUAGCAGAAAGAAUAACACCCAAGAAGUGAAGCAGAAGAUAAGUGACUUUUUGGAGGAUCGCUGCUACAUCCCGUUGUUAAGGGCAACUGACAACACCUCUCAGCCCAUCAUCGGGGCUUCGUGGUCACCCGAGUCCUCGGAAAAUCUCUCGCUGAUCCAGAGGCACACGAGAAGCCCGAAGGAUCCACUGAUGACUGUCACAGCCUUUGCUGGCCCACUGAGUCCGUCGAAAGCAAAUGACUUCCGCCGCUCCUGGAAGACGCCCCCCCGAGACCGAGCCCGAGCCGACCUUUUCCACAACAUCCUCAAGUCUGAUCCUGACCGUGGGGCAGAGAGAGUGGGCAGAGACCUGGCUCAUGAGAUGGGUCACCCAUGGGCUGAGUACUGGGACUUCCUGGAAAGUUUUGUGGAUCUGUCAUCGACAGAGGGGCUCCGAAAGCUGGAAGAGUAUCUGGGCAAGAAGGAUUUCAGCCCACGAGGUCAUGAAGAAGCUGGAGAGAAUGAGACCAGCAACAGGUUCAAAAGCCCAUCUCCAGGUAAACCCAAAAAGUUCUGCAACUCCGUCUCUGUCGGUGCCUUCCUGGACGAGGGUGAUGACAUCAGCCUGGAGGAGAUGAAGAACCGGCAGAAUGCAGCACUCACCAGCAUCACCUCCUCUGCCUCCAAGGACGGCCUGAAGGGAGCCGUGGGCGGCCACGAGGUCCACAUUCUGCCCAUUCCUUACCAGGGGGGGGAUCUGAUCGAAACCGCGGCCGAGCAGGACCUGCUGUGCUGCUGCGGCGACGCGCUACUGUCGCCCGGGGUUGUCUGCAAAAAAGGGGUGUGCUCCUCCUCCUCCAGAGACCAGACUCACAAUGGAGACAAGGGUUCUCCCCGCACCUCUCCUUCCUCCUGCCGGCUGUCGCCCGUCUCCAACCUCACGGUGGAGUUUGAGCGUAUGUCACAGCAAGAGCCACAGGACGGCCUCACCAGCAGCCGGGAGAGGAGGAGCAGUGGUGGCAGCCGGCACAGGGACACCCGGGACGCCUUCAGCUCCUCCUCAGCCAUGGACCUGAGUUCUGGGAUGAGCCGCCUGUCUCUCAGUCACAGCAUUCAGGACAGCGAGGUCUUGGAAGCCACAAGCUGGAGAACAGAGGGAGAGGGGACGGAGGAGAGGCGCAGCAGCGGCAGCUCAGAAGAGUUCUUUGAAGCAGAGGAGAGUCUGGAGGUACUGGGCAGGACUACGGGGGCAGUAACUGGGGGUCGCAACUUCUGUGCUAGGUCCAAGUCAUGGGACCAUGGGGGGAGAGACCUGAGCAGCUCUGGGUCUUCUGGCUCCUCCUAUAAGUCCUUGGAUAACUCCCAUGAGUUCCUCCCCAGGACUCCACCUCGCAUUAGAAGGGGACUUUUCAUUGAUGGGGAUUCACCAACCAAGCUGGACCGAGAAGUCUUGUCAGCAAUAGACGGGAUAGACGUCGAUCCUCUGAAGUAUCCCAGCAUUCAUAAGUGGAAGAGCACAAUGACGUCCUACUCUGCAUCAGACAGGCAGUGCUGGCCCAGCCCUGCGCUGGUAAAACCACGACUCAGGAUGCAUCAUCAGACUCCCGGCUCCCCGGCCAGCGACCUGAUGUCUCCCAGCGGUCGCUUCAGUCCCGCCCGGCACGCCGCCUCUCCGGACUUCAGUCCCAGCCGCUACAGCCCUGUCAAUGCUAGCUACAUCCAGCGCAUCCGCCUCAAGCACUUAAACGAGCCAUCGCUUUAAACUCCCCACCCCGUCCCCUCCCUCCGCCUCCCACCACUACGGCCAUAACCCCUCCCCUCACCUCCCCAGCACAAACCCAGCUGCACCAAGGUGGCUACUCCACAGCUCAGAAACCACAUACCUAACAGAAAUAUGCACAAGUGUCUGGAAAAUUUGUAUUAAUGAUGUAUGGUACUACUACUAUGUAAUACAGGAAUUCUCAUCACGUUGGGUUGUGAUGUACACUCAUGAAUUUUAAAAAGGAAAAAAAUGAAACCUUGAUCAUUUAUGUACUGUAUGGGAGUGACCAUGUUGCGUUGACGGUAAAGUUGUUUGUGGCAAGAGUGAAGCACCUGUAGUCGACCUUUUUGAAUAUCACAAAGUUAGGCCGCACUCCCCAAAGUCAGCUGGUCUUUAAAACCUUAGUGUGGAGUCCUUAACCAGGAUCCUGUCACUGAAGUUAAAUGUCAAAUAUUUUAAAAAUUAUUUUUUUGUAUGUUGGUCAGUAGCACAAAAUUUUAAUGUUUUUAUCAAAGGUAUUAAAGCCGACUGCCAUUUCCUAUGUUUUUUUCUCAGUUCAGGAAUUGCCUUAAUUUUCUGAAGUAACAGUUUGUGUCGGUCACAGACGAUUACGGCAAACAUGGGAAAAAGACUGAGAUCUUCCAUGUUUUUGUUUCGUUCUUCAAUAAAUGCAUACAGUUUCUAUCUUUUCUCAGUGGUUCAUGGACAUGUCUUGACUUUUCCUUUCAGCCACUAACAGCCUUGGACUGUGCAAUUUUUAUUUUCACGUUUUUUUUUCUCAGAAAUAUCUUUUCAAAUCACAUGAAACCCUCACAGUGUUAGUAUGAGUGACAACACACACCCAUCUCUCUUUUUUUUUAUCUGAGUUAAUUAAGCUCAGUCUUAGAAAACCCUAAAGCUGUAUUAAGCCAUUUAAACCACUAGGGGGCAGAAAGGCUUAACUCCGCAGCAACAAACUGCAGAUAAACUGUAUAUCCCACUGACUGGCUGUGUUAACAGAACUGCCUUAAAGCUGUCAGACAACACACCUGAUUAGCUGACAGCUGCACAGAGCUCAAGACCCAUUUCACUUCACAAAUACUUAUUUGAUUCAGUGUUUUCUAAUGUUUCGACCAAACCCCGGAGAAAAUUGCUGCUUAAUUGAGCUUUAACAUCCAGAACAAUGUCAUGGAUCUCAAGUUGGCGAGUGGUAAACUCAUGGCAGGUCCCUCCAGUUCUCCAUGUUAACGAAUAGUUCAAAACCUGCCGUAUAAAAACUACAGUAUCUUUUAACUUGGGGAUAAAUUCACUGCUGUACCAGUUAUCAGCUACUUUAAGAACAAAGAAGCCAAUAAUUAUCAAUAUUCAGAUUGCGACUAGGUUGAGAGAAACAAGUGUUCUGAAUGUAAACGUUUUUGUGUGAACUAAUCCUUUAUCUGAGAGCACAACCUCCUUCACUGGGCUGAUUGUAUCGUCAUCCUCCUGCUCUCAGGGGACGUCGGAUCGAACUCUGGUCUCUGGAUGUUUCUGAAUGUGGAACUUUGCAAAAAUGCACUUAAUCGACUUAAAUCAUGCUUCUUGUACUUUUAGCAUUCUGUACUUUCUUAAAAACUAAAUGGUGAAUUCUCUUUCUGUACGUCUAGAUCUACUUUGCUUUCAACUAACCAAUAAAAACAUCCCUCCUACUUUA